GUUUGCGUUUGUAUCAUCAGAUCUUCAUAGCUCCAGAAAUGUCUUCAGCUUCACCCGCCAACCGUGCUGUUGAAGUACUCGCGGCGAAACUGCGAAGACGGCAGGUCGUAGGCUCGCGGGAGGCCGCCCUCGAGACCGUCCUUGUCCUUCGGCAAGUCGUCGCGAGGGCACGCUUUUCCAACAUCGAUCAGCUGGUGAGCCUCCUCCGAGAUGUGGGUAAACGGCUCGCCGAAGCACAGCCCAAAGAGCAUACCGUCGGAAACAUUGUCCGCAAAGUCUUACACAACAUCCGCGAGGAGUAUAACACGGCGUCCAGCGGCGUCGCUGCUUCUACCUCGUCCAAGAAUGUCUUCUCGAUCUCAAAGUUUGUCCUCCUGGGCCAGCCGAGGAAACAGACUGUGGCACCAAAAUCUGAGGCUACGAUUUCGCUGAAGGAGAAUGAUCCAGACGAUCCCGACUCCUUCGCGAAGGCGAUCAAGCCGGUGCUCAUGGAGGCGAUCCAGGAUGUCCUUGAUGAACUUGAGACGGUCUACGACAACGUCUCGAAAAACGCAAAGGACCAUAUACACUCUGAUGAGAUCAUUUUGACUAUAGGCCACUCAAAGACGGUCGAGGCGUUCCUCAAAAUAGCAGGGCACUAUCGCAAUUACACUGUAAUCGUAGCGGAGACUGCGCCUUCCUACAGCGGGCACGAGAUGGCGCAGUCUCUCUCCUCCGCAGGCAUUUCCACCUUCCUCGUGCCCGACUCCUCGAUCUACGCGAUCAUGUCGCGCGUGAACAAGGUCAUCAUCGGCGCGCACGCAAUCCUCGCCAAUGGCGGCAUGUUCGCGAUCAGCGGCUCGCUGCUCGCCGCGACCGCCGCGCGCGCACACAGCACGCCCGUCGUCGUCUGCGCGGGCCAGUUCAAGCUCACGCCGCUCUGGAACCUCUACCACGAGUACGGCGCGCUCGACUUUGCCGACCCCAGCAGUGUGCUCGGCUUCGAGGAGGGCGCGCUCGUGGACAAGGUCGACGUCGUGAACCCGUACUACGACUACGUCGGCCCGGAGAUGGUCGAUGUGUUCAUCACGAAUGAUGGUGAUCAUCCGCCCUCAUCGGUCUAUCGGCUUGUGAAGGAGAGCUACGACGACGAUGAUCAACUGCUCUGAUUGAUCUCAUUUGUUUCUCUGGGACACAGCCCUGCCGCACAUUGAGCUCCGGGAGAAGGUCGUUGGCAUCAUGUCUCUGGACGUCAUGACAAUCAGGCUUUAUCUAGCACAUGACUGCAUGUCAUGGAUGACAAUGAGCACGCCGAGACGAAGGAUGAGCGACAGGCUGACAGAGCAGAGACCGUUCUGUGAUUGUCGAAUGAUCUAGAAUGAUGAAAGUCAUCAAUGGA